AUGGCUUCUCCUGCGAUCGACAACAUUUCUGCGGACCUGAUCUGGGAGGUCGUCCGCAACAACAACAGCUUCCUCACCAAGAGCAAGCGCAAUGGCGGCGUUCAGUUCUCGCGUGAUCCCCUGAACCUGAUCAACAAGAACACCCGCAAGCACGCCGGUUUCGUCAACGACAAAGCCAUCGGCGUUGUCCGCAACGAGAAGGGCUUCACUGUCAUCACCAAGAAGCCAUCCGCCCCCACCAAGCCCAAGGAGGCUUUCCUCAAGUCCGAGCACAGCGGCAACAACUCCAGCCGCAAGGCCUACAAGUCCGUCGCCAACCAGACCGCCAAGAACGGAUACCGCCCUGAUCUCCGCGAGGCUGCUGUUCAGCGCGUGUCAGCUAUCCGCCAGUCCCAGCGCCCCGUCAAGCCCGAACCCGAGACCAAGCUCCGUGGCAAGCGGGCCCAGAAGGCUAAGGAGGCUGAGUCGGCGUAG